ACAUAUAUAUAUAUAUAUAUAUAUAUAUAUGUAAAGAAAAUAUAUUUCCUCAUUUAAAUACUCUUGCGUAGGUAAAAUAGAGAUCGCUUCGAACGGUAGAGAAAAAUGAUACAGCUGGAUAACCGCUGACACGUGUGACAGUGAGAAUUUGAGAAGUUUUUUUGUCGUUGUAAAAUUAUAUCGUUGUUAUAGAAAAUAUAAACUUUAAUUGUCGUUUCUUUGUUUACAGAGCAACACAAUUUAGUUAAAUAAACUAACUAAUCCUUCAGGAUAAAUAAGAGUCUUAUAAAACGACAAUUUUGUUUAUCAAAUGGAAAAUAUGAAGAAGCUACAAUUUGAGUUCAAAGUGAAGCCAGGGAAUGAUGGCAAGUCAAAUAUUAUCUGCAUAACCUCAAUUACUACUGAGGACGAUAGAACGUUCUUAAUACCAGAGGAAUAUCAAGCAGCAGGUAAUCAUAAAGAAAUAAUAAGAACAACUACAUAUGAUAUGAUAAAAAAAAGCUUAAAGAAAAGAUAUCAAUUUAGAAAGGUUUGGUUAGAAUUAACUGACGAUUUAGCUAAAAUUUAUAUGGAUCAAAUGGGGAACAUGAAAUUUGAAGAGGAAUUUUUAGAAGAAGUCACUGAGGAACUUGGAACAGCUAAAACACAAGAAGAAAGCAGCACCUUGAACAAACUUUUAGAAAAAUUAAUAGAAAAUACUCAAACGGCUAAGCAAGAAAAUUUACAGAAAAUUUCACAACAAUUCAUAAUAGAAAAAUUUACAAGCAAAAAUACUAAUGCAAAUCAGUGGAUGGAGAUAUUUGAAAAAGAGUGUUUACGCUUUGAUAUAACCAGGGAUGAAAAAAAAAUUGAAAUUUUUAGACUCUUCAUGGAUAAGUCAACUACAGACUGGUACAGCUCUAUGAUAAUAAAAUUAUCUCUAAACUCAGAGUGGUCAGUGUGGAAACAAAAAUUCUGCGAGACAUUUGCUAAUAAAGGUUGGAGUCCAGUGAUAUACGUACUAUUAUUUAAAUAUAAGGAAGGAUCACUACUUGACUAUGCGAUAAGAAAAGAAAAACUAUUGUUAGAUAUGAGAAAUUCUAUAGAUGCAGGAACAUUAAUAGAUCUUAUUGCAGCUGGAUUACCACAGGUAAUAAUCAACAAAAUUGAUAGAGAAGCAUUGAAAGAUACAACAGAUCUGCAUAAUGAAAUUAGCAAAUAUGAGCACAUAGUUAAUAAAAAAAAAGUCUUUACAGAAAGAAGUGACACAAUAAAUACAAGGAAAGACAAUGAAGAACAUAAACCGUGUAAAAAUUGUGAGAAACUAGGAAAAACCAAUCGUUAUCAUCCGGAGGAAAAAUGCUGGUAUAAACAAAAAAAACAUGAUCAAGGACAGAACAUUUCGAUAAAACAUGUUAAUAAUUCGAAAAUAGAGGCAGAAUUAAAUAACACGGAUCAAAAAAACGACCAAUAACACCAUUAAUAAAAAUCAAAUUACAGAUAAAUGAUAAGUGGACAAUAUUUGGAAUAUACGAUUCAGGAUCCAAUGUUUCUAUAAUCAAUUAUAAACUACUAAGAUUGAAACAAGAAGACAAUAACCUUAAUAAUGAAAAUUUGAUGACAAUUAAUGGUGUUAAAAAAUCAAGUGGUUCAACAAACCUAAAAAUUAAGAUCUUUGACAUAGAAGAAAAAACAAAUGUGGUAAUUGUUGACGAUGAAAACUUUAAAUAUGACUUUUUAAUCGGACUCGACAUGAUAACAAAAUUUAAAUUAUGUCAAGACAAAAAUUUAAAUAUAACACAAAAAAUUGAUAUGGAAAAAAGAACAAACAAUAAUGAAACAGAGAAAAUUUCAGAGGCAAUAAGGUCUGAGGUAUCAGAUAUUAAAAAAGAAAACAAAAAUACAAAAGAAUUUUUAGUAAAUUUCAAUGAGCAUAUAAAAGAAGAAGAUUUUGUCAUAAAUAUGGAACACUUAACUCCAUAUCAAAGAAAUAAAAUAAACGGAAUAUUAGAAAUAUAUAAGUCAGUAUUUGCCAGAGAUAAAUACGAUAUUGGCUCAAAACUAUGAAGCAAGAAUAGACUUACUAGUUGAUACAUACUGUAGUAAGAGACCAUAUAGGUGCACUAUGGAGGACAGAAAAGAAAUUGAAGAUCAAAUAUCUAAAUUACUAGAGAAAAAUCUUAUAGAAGAAUCCUACAGCCCAUUUUCGGCACCAGUAACUCUCGCGCUUAAAAAAGAAGAAAACAAAAGAUCUAGGCUAUGUGUGGAUUUUAGGGACCUAAAUAAAAUAGUUGUCCCUCAGGCCCAGCCAUUUCCACUAAUGGAGGACCUGACGGCAAAAACAAGAAACUGCAUAUUUUUCACAACGCUGGAUAUUAACUCAGCCUUUUGGUCGAUCCCUCUGAGAAUCGAAGACAGAAGAAAAACCGGAUUUGUAACGCAGGAGGGGCAUUAUCAAUGGACAUGUCUCCCUUUUGGCCUAAAGACAGCCCCAGCCAUCUUCCAGAGAAUACUCAGUAACAUAUUAAGAAAAUAUAAAUUAACUAGUUUUGCAGUAAAUUAUAUAGACGACAUCUUAAUUUUCUCGAAGUCUUUCUCAGAACACAUUAAUCACUUAACACAAUUGCUACAAGCUAUAAAAACAGAAGGUUUCAGAAUAAAAUUUAAAAAAUGCACGUUUGCCUCGGACUCAGUAAAAUACCUUGGUCACAUUAUCCAGAAUAAUUCAAUUAAACCAGUAAAGGACAACUUAGUAGCAAUAAAAAAUUUCCCAGUUCCAAAAACACAAAAAAACAUCAGACAAUUUUUAGGGAAGAUAAAUUUUUAUCACGAAUAUAUACCAAACAGUGCAAUAAUUUUAGAUCCUUUACAUAACUUAUUACAAAAAAAUCAAAUUUUUACAUGGACAGAGAAAUGCCAAAAAUCGUUUGAGAAAAUAAAACAUAUGCUUUGCACAAAACCAGUCCUAGCAAUAUUUGAUCAAGAUUUGCCAAUAAAUAUUUAUACAGACGCUUGCUUGAUAGGUGUAGGAGCAGUUCUGAAACAAGUACAACCGGAUGGGAAAGAGAAGCCUGUAGCAUACUUUUCAAAAAAAUUAAAUGAAGCUCAGAAAAAGAAAAAAGCUAUUUACCUGGAAUGCCUAACAAUUAAAGAAGCUGUGAAAUACUGGCAAUACUGGCUGAUAAAUAAAUCGUUCACAGUUUUCUCAGACCAUAAGCCGCUAGAAAAUAUGAACCUAAAAUCAAGGACAGAUGAAGAGCUAGGGGAUCUAACUUACUAUCUUUCGCAGUAUGAUUUCAAAAUCAAAUAUGCUCCAGGUAAGGAAAAUUUAGAAGCGGAUUGUUUGAGCAGAAAUCCGGUCUUAAGCGAAAAUGAAAAUGAAGAUGAACAAUUAAAAGUUGUAAAUUCAAUAACAUUGAAAGAAAUCUUAACAGAUCAAACAAAAAAUGAAGAAAUUCAGAAAAAUAAAAAAAGAUUUAUAAAAAAGGAUAAUGUGUACUAUAAAAGAGUUAGAAAAAAAGAAAAAAUUAUUCUAACAGAAAAAUUAGCUUUGAAACUAAUGAAAGAUGUACACAACAAGUUGUGUCACAUCGGUAUAAAACAAAUGCAAAAAAAAUAAGCUCCAUAUAUACAUCAACAAAUUUAACACGAAACAUAAGAAGAAUUUACCGGAAUUGUGAGGUCUGCAUAAAAAACAAAUCCAGAGGUCGGGACAAACUUGGUCUAAUGUCUCACUUAGGUCCGGCCACGAAACCAUUUGAAAUAGUCUCUAUAGAUACAAUCGGUGGACUCGGGAGCUCAAGAUCGACGAAGAGAUAUUUGCAUCUGUUAGUAGAUCACUUUACGAGAUUCGCAUUUAUUUUAACAUCGAAAACUCAAAGUACAAAGGAUUUCGUAAAACUAAUUACGAAAAUCACUAAAACGGAUGACAUUAAUAUGCUACUGACGGAUCAAUAUCCAGGGAUCAAUUCAAAGGAAGUCAAAGACUUCUUAGAAGAAAAGUCAAUAACAAUGAUUUUCACAGCAGUCAAUGCACCGUUCUCCAAUGGUCUGAACGAAAGAUUGAACCAGACACUAGUCAACAAAAUCAGAUGUAAAAUAAACGAGAGAGGAAAUAAGAAAGCAUGGACUACGAUAGCUCAAGAGUGUGUAAAUAAAUACAAUGAUACUGAGCAUACAGUCACGGGUUUCGCUCCAAGAUAUCUGUUAUAUGGGACAGAUGUUACAUUGAUACCAAAAAGUUAAAACAAGAGGUACAAAAA